AUGGACGCGUCGCAUCGCAUACCCUCGCCUGCGAACGGCGAUGCUGGUGUCGAGGAGACUCGGCCCACCAAGCGGCCGAGGUUGAUUCCUUCGAUUGAAGUGGGUUUCAUGCGAGAUGGCUCCGGUCGAGACUCCGCCAGUUUUGUCGGCAGUGCUAGUGGCAUACACUUCAUCCGUUCCGUCUAUGGUGCCCUGAAUGCGAGGGCAAGCUCAAGAAACUUUCCAGGGGAGACACCUGAGAGCAACAUCGUCCCUGGAGAGGACGACCGACUCAACACUGGCCCUGAUAGUGGGCCAUCCAAACCACUAUGGCAAUCUCAUGAAGUGGAGUGGCACGCAGCUUCGCCCACGACUUCCAUCACCUUUGAUGACCUUCUUGACUGGACCAGUAGUUACUUCGACGUCUGGCACCCGCCGUUCCCCUUUCUUCACGCUCCAAGCAUGCUGGAGAGAUUCGAGACCCUGGCACACAAUGGCAUUGCAGCGGUGAGCCCCUUCGAUGUCACAAUCAUCAAGGCCGUGGUCUCGAUUGCCCUCGCGGACCGGCGCCAGACAAACACUGUUAGCAGACCUGUCCCCAAGGCUUUGGUCUUUACCUCGUUCGAAGAGGCACUCAACAGCGUCCAUGCCGUGAUGUCGAAACCAGCCACCCUUCAGGCGCUUCAGGCUGCUGUAUGUGUGCAACUGUUCCUAGUGUCGAUGCUACGCCUGAAUGCCGCUUCGAGACUUGGUGGCCUGAUCAUCAGGGUGUUGUUCCAACUGGGUCUGCAUCGCUGUCCUGCACGGUUCGCGUCCUUCAAGGCGGAAGAGCAGCAGCUUCGAAGACGCCUCUUUUGGUCGAUCUACUGCAUCGAUCGACACAUCUGCCAGGCAUUGGGCCUACCACUGACGAUUCGUGAUGAUGACGUGGACGUAUGUUACCCGGACAAUGAGAUCCAUACCCUCCAGCGAAGCAACGGCUCGACAUCGAGGCCCGACAGCCCGUCGCCCGAUGCUUCGUCGCAGCAGGAUGGCCGCCUCAGGCUUCUGACACUGAUAGCGAAGCAUGCAGAAAUCAGAGGCCUUAUAAUGGAACUUCGGAACAAGAGAGUGGAAUAUCGAGCAGAAGGCUGGGACAAAGCCGUGUUGAUCAAUGCAAAACUGACGCAAUGGUGGAACCAAGUCGAGGAUUCUAUCGAGCAGGCCGAGUUACAUGACACGCCAUUGUCGGAUCUCCAUCAGACCGUCUUGAAAGUGCUCAAACACGAAUCUGUCAUCUCGCUCAAUCGUCCUUUGCUGGCUGCGUCGAAGACCAGCGCAAACUACGCAGCCGCCUUGCAGUCCUGCAUCUCGGCUUCAAAAUCAAUCAUCAAAGCGCUGAACAUGGUUGCUCAUUCAGUGAUGCCGGCUUACAACCCACCCGACCGUACUCGAAACCCACAUUUCCCCAUGUUCUGGCCCUCGUUUACAUGGUCGAUCUGGAUGAGCGCGUUCAUCAUAUUGUAUGCCGCACUGGAGUCGGAGAUUGACUAUAAUGUUGCUGUCCGGAACACAGACCGAGCGCUGCACGUUCUGACCACUCUCGCCGCGAGGGGCAACGUCUGGCCUACAGCUUGCGCUGUUGCGAUCCGAGACCUUCGCUCAACCUUGGACGAGACACGCAAGGAGCAAUCUAUGGGCCAGACCUCUGCUCAUCAAUCCGGUAAACGCUUCGCAUUACCAGCAUCAGACCGUGAUGACUCCGUACCAGCGAUGCAUCCAUCGACAGCGCAGCCCGUCAGCUCGGCGAGCAUGUCACCGCCGCAUGUUCCUACAAAGGGUCACAGUCAGCAAGCUUCGAGCAUCCAUGACGUUCCAGCAUCGUGCGAAACUCCUGCACUUGAAGCAAAUGGUGCACAAACGGCGCUCUACCCUGAUGUCAUGCCUGGGAACUCGUGGCUCGGGCUGGGCAUUGGUAUGGAUCUGGGGACCGAAUUGCCCAUGUUUCCAAACGAUGGGCUUGAUCCUCUCCAAGGUUUCGAUAUCCCGUUUUGGGUGGGCCAAGACAACUAUGCAACAUGGAUGGGCUCAUGA